UUUAUUGAUUUUAUUGGUUGGUUUUAAGUGUUAUAUUGAUUGUCUUUUAAAAAGAGAUUGAUUUUGUUUUAUAAAGAAUGUGGGAUAACCAUUCCUUUAAAUACAAAAUCAUGCCUCCUAGACGCCGUCCUCUUUGUGAUUUUAACCAAGAUCCAUGUCACGAUGAAAAUGGUGACGAAGAGCUACCACCUCCACCUCCACAAUUCAACGAUGGAAUACACCCGGCCUUAGUUCAAUUCAUGGCCGACACGACAAGGCACUUUGCCGAAGCGGUAUCAUGGAUUCCACGACCCAAUGAACGAGUUGCACCCAUAGACGAACAAAAAGUCUUGUACAUCGGACUGCAGCUGACAAAUGAAGCUGGGAGAUGGUGGAAUUCGAGGAAGGUGCUACUCGGAAUCGAAACAGAGAUCACUUGGGAGCUGGUCAAGGUGGAAUACAACAGAUGCUUUUUCCCUAGAGCCCAGAGGCAGUUGUGUGCAAUAGAAUCCAAAAUCUUGUUCAAGGUAAUAUGACCGUUGAACAAUAUUCUGCUAGAUUUAUGGAAUUAGCCAGGUUUGUGGCCAACCUUAUUCCCAAUGAAGAAUCGAAGGCGGAAUGAUUUGAAAACGAUCUCAAUCCCCGCAUUAAGGAGAGAGUGAUUCGUUUGGAGAUAAAGAUUACGCUAGACUGGUGGAAGUGGCAUGUUGUGUAAAUUUUAAUGUACUCGCAAGUGGACGAAUCGUUUGCAAUAUAGCAUUUUGCAAGUUCGAGGUCGAUCCCACAAGGAACUGUGUUGCGAAAAUUAAUCUCUAUUCAAACUAAUCCUAUUUUAACCUA